GGUUCUGGAUGAGCACUGCAAUGUUUAAAGUUCUGCAGCUGUUCUCGCGACAUUUACGCCAGUCAAGCGGACCAAAACAGGAAGAGGCGCAUGGCAUCGGUGUACGGCGGAGUUGAGGGUGGGGGGACUCACUCCAAAGCAGUGUUGGUGGCUGGAGAUGGGAAGAUCCUGGCAGAGAUUCCAGGCUCAUGCACCAAUCACUGGUUGGUCGGGGUGGACAAAUGCAUUGAAACCAUUAAUGGCAUGGUCCAGAGAGCCAAAGUAGAGGCAGGGCUGGAUCCAAAUACGCCACUCUGCUCCCUGGGUUUGUCUCUAAGUGGUGGGGAGCAGAAAGAUGCCAAAGAUAAGCUAAUUGCUAAUAUGAAGGAGCAGUUCCCCAGUCUGAGCAAGCGUUACUUGAUCACCACUGAUGCCAUAGGUGCCAUGGCGACUGCCAGCGAUUGUGGUGGUGUGGUGGUGAUCUCGGGAACCGGCUCCAACUGUAAAUUAGUCCGUCCUAAUGGCUUAGAGAUUGGUUGCGGUGGUUGGGGCCACAUGAUGGGUGAUGAAGGAUCAGGGUACUGGAUCUCUCAUUUGGCCGUGAAGACUGUGUUUGAUGCCAAAGACGGACUGGUCGUGCCUCCUCAUGAUAUUACUUACGUUGAACAAGCUAUGAAGCAGUACUUCCAGGCAUCAUCUCUGAUGGACAUGCUGCCACAUCUCUACAGAAACUUCAAGAAAUCCCAUUUUGCCGCCUUCUGCAUAAAGCUGGUCGAAGGUGCAGAGGCUGGGGAUGCUCUCUGUCAGCACGUGUUUACCGAGGCUGGGCGAGUGCUGGCGAAACACGUGGAAGCAGUUUUGCACCGUGCACAGGAGGAGCCUCCACUGAGCGACAACCUUGGCCUGCCCAUCUUGUGUGUCGGCUCCGUGUGGAAGAGCUGGGAGCUUCUGAAGCCAGGCUUCACAGAGGUCAUGGACAGGGUAGCAUCAUCUCUUAUUUACAAGGGGCAUUUCCAUGGCUACAGUCUGCUGAUGUUGCAUCAGUCUUCGGCCCUCGGCAGUGCCAGUCUCGGGGCUCAGAGUGUCGGCGAAGCUGUGAGUUUAGAUUACGCAACUAACGCCAACAUCUUUUUCCAACGCACUUUCAACAUCGGCCAGUGAGAAUUCAUCAGCAGGAGCUCAACCAAUAAGUCUCCAACUAAGGAGGAAAGUGUGAUUGUUUGCAUCACUGUUAAUGUUUACAUCAUGAGUUUUCUGCACACUAUUAUAACCUCCAAUUUAAUCAUCACACAUGACUAUGUUCCAGCCAUCUAAAGUGAUACCAGUAUCGUUGUACUGUACCUCAACCUUUGACACUUCAACAGUUUACAGUCGAGAUUUUAUUAAAAUGCUGUUGAUUGAACACCAUCUUUGGUUAUCUUCAAAUGAUCUUUUGUAGGGUCAGGUGAUUGACAACCCACAGUGAGGUGUUCACAUUUUUCAACGUGAAAGCUACUUUGUAAAACUAGUCCAGCUUUGAUUGGCUUCGUGCCCAUCAAAACACAACAGUGAACCAUGCCUCAAACCUGUGGCGCAUAUUCAGUAAAAUAGUCCAAAUAUUACAAUUUUUAACAGACAUGACUAAAAUGAGACCUCCAGAGCGACAUCACAAUCUGACCAAAACAGAGAAGAAAAAAACAUUUGUCUUUAACAUCUUUAUUCAGCUUUUUUUUUUCAUGAUUUUGUCUGUAUUGAAAUUUCAUACUUUUAACAGUUUGUCAUCUUUAACUCAAAAUCACCAAAAAUGAUUUCAUGUAGUAUAAUCCACCUGGCGGACAAUUCCUAUGGGUUUUAUCGGGGCAUCGUUCAAUAGCUGCGGUCCAGUGCAGUGUACCAAGUUUGCUUUUAACCAAAGACUGGGUGCUUCUGAUAUUUAUUUUUAAAAAAAAAAUAUAAAAAAAAACCCAACAACUGCACAGAUGGAUAAAGUACUUUGAUUUGUUGGUCCAACAACACUGAAGUGCACAUAACUGUUACUGUUAACAAAUGUCACUGUGGAUCAACUAAAGGUUCUCAAAGUUCUAAUUAUGAACCACACAGUCUCUUUUCACCAUCAAGCGACUCCCACAGUGGAUUAACUAACAAAUACUGUUAUCCGAUUUCCUGAAAAUACCUUGACCUAUACAACUGUUUCCUAUUGGCUCACAAGUUAAUGGAGUUUAUACUUAUCGCUAAAGCAGGACUGCUUCAAGGAGGAACGAGACCAGUGGCUAAAAGAGCUUCCUGAAAAUUCAGUCUGAGUUCUCCGACAGAAGAACUGCAAAGAAGCUUUCCUCCUGCUCACGGGACUGAAUGGACAUUGCAGGCUACGGUGACACCCGUGGAGAGACGGAGCGCCUCCAUCUUCAAAAUACACA